AUGGCUGAUGCUGGAUUUGUUUGGAUUAGUGGAGCUUGCUAUGGAAUUGUUCAAGUACCCACUGGACCUUGGUUUUGCAGGAAGUGUGAAUCUCAGGAAAGAGCAGCCAGAGUGAGAUGUGAAUUAUGCCCUCAUAAGGAUGGUGCUUUAAAGAGAACAGAUAAUGGGGGUUGGGCUCAUGUGGUUUGUGCUCUGUACAUUCCCGAGGUGCAGUUUGCAAAUGUUGCUACAAUGGAACCUAUCGUGUUGCAGUCUGUUCCUCAUGAUCGUUAUAAUAAGACAUGCUAUAUAUGCGAUGAACAAGGCAGAGAAAGUAAAGCAGCCACUGGUGCUUGCAUGACAUGUAACAAACACGGGUGUCGACAAGCUUUUCAUGUAACAUGUGCCCAGUUUGCAGGACUUCUUUGUGAAGAGGAAGGCAAUGGGGCAGAUAACGUCCAAUAUUGUGGCUACUGUAAAUAUCAUUUUAGUAAACUGAAAAAGAGCAAACGGGGAUCUAAUAGGUCAUAUGAUCAAAGUUUAAGUGAUUCUUCCUCUCACUCUCAGGAUAAACAUCAUGAGAAGGAGAAAAAAAAAUAUAAAGAGAAAGAUAAACACAAGCAAAAAUAUAAGAAGCAGUCCGAGUCCUCACCAUCCUUGGUUCCAUCUCUUACUGUAACUACAGAGAAAACAUACACAAGCACUAGCAACAACUCCAUGUCAGGCUCCUUGAAGCGAUUGGAAGAUACCACAGCUCGAUUCACAAAUGCAAAUUUCCAGGAAGUUUCUGCACACGUUUCAAGUGGAAAAGAUUCCUCAGAGGCGAGAGGGUCAGAGAGCAAAGGGAAGAAAUCUGCAGGUCACAGCUCGGGUCAGAGGGGAAGAAAGCCUGGUCCUGGAAGGAAUCCGGGAACAACCGUGUCUGCAGCUAGCCCUUUCCAGCAAGGUAGUUUUUUGAGCACUCCUGGGAGCAUAAAGUCAUCUUCUGGAAGUUUAGUUCAGUCUCCCCAGGAUUUUUUGAGUUUUACGGAAACAGAUCUGCGAAGUGACAGUUACAGUCAUUCUCAACAGACUUCAUCAACCAAAGAUGUACAUAAAGGAGAGACUGGGAGUCAAGAAGGGGGUGUCAAUUGUUUCAGUUCCUUAAUCGGUCUCCCUUCAGCUGUUUCACAAUCUAAAAACUUUGACAACUCACCUGGAGACUUAGGUAACUCAAGCCUUACUUCUACAGCAUACAAACGAGCUCAAACUUCUGGAAUAGAAGAAGAAACUGUAACAGAGAAGAAGAGGAAAGGAAAUAAGCAGAAUAAGCAUGGGCCUGGUAGACCCAAAGGAAAUAAAAGUCAAGAAAGUAUUUCCCAUCUUUCAGUUUCUUCCGCUUCCCCAACUUCAUCUGUGGCAUCUGCUGCAGGAAGUGUGACAAGCUCUGGACUUCAGAAAUCUCCAACUUUGCUCAGGAAUGGAAGUUUACAAAGUCUAAGUGUUGGCUCAUCUCCAGUGGGUUCAGCUUUCGGAGUUGAUGAAUACCAUCUAGGGCGCGGGGCGGCCGUGUCUAUCCCGGCCUUUCUCCCGCUUGCUUCCCGGCUCCUUGUGCUCCUGCCCGUGCGCGUGGGAAGGAGGCCUGGCUUUGUGAAGCCUUUGUCCCGCAGCCCGGCGCCCGCGCGCCGUUUCAGAAGGAGUAGUAGUGAAGCCUUAAUGUAUCAGGCACUGAUUGCCAUUGCCCUUCAGUGCGCUGUGUUGGCUUGGGUUUCCCUCUCACGCUCCCAGGUAUGCAGUCCUCUGAAGCAGCUUUGUGGUGAAGGAAAGCAAGUUCAUCAUUUUUUUCUGAACAAAAAUAUAACAUCUGAAGGGUAUCUGACAGUGUGUGCUGAAUUUGGACUUGGUAUUUUUAGCAGCAAUGAUGUAGCAGUAUCAUUUCCAAAUGCAGUAUCUGGCUCAGGAUCUAGCACUCCCGUUUCCAGUUCUCAUUUACCUCAGCAGGCUUCAAGCCACUUGCAGGUGGGAGCUCUAUCACCUUCAACUGCGCCUUCUGUAACUACUGUUGUUGCUGCAACUCAGGCCAACGCGCUGCCCGGCUCCUCGCUCGGCCUGGCCCCGUCGCACCUGUACGGCAGCCGGCUCGCCGCCUCCUCGGCCGCGGCCGCGCUCGCCCAAGCAGAUCAAGAUGUGGGAGAUAACGGCCGCAGCCUUGCUGGCAGAGGAGGUUCACCCCGGGGAAGCCUCUCGCCACGAUCCCCUGUCAGCAGCUUACAGAUUCGCUACGAUCAGUCAGGGAACAGCUGUGGGGAAAACUUGCCCCCAGUCGCAUCCAGCAUCGAGCAGCUGCUGGAGAGGCAGUGGAGUGAAGGGCAGCAGUUUCUCCUGGAACAAGGCACCCCUAGUGACAUUUUAGGAAUGCUUAAAUCAUUACACCAGCUUCAGGUGGAAAACAGGCGCUUAGAGGAGCAGAUAAAGAAUCUGACGGCUAAAAAGGAGAGGCUUCAGCUCCUCAAUGCACAACUCUCCGUUCCCUUUCCAACGCUGACUUCCAAUCCCAGCCCUUCCCAUCAAGUGCACGCGUUCCCAGCAGCACCUAGCACUGAUUCUUUGAACAGCAGCAAGAGCCCUCACCUGGGAAACAGUUUCUUACCAGACAGCUCUCUGCCUGUGCUAAAUCAGGAGAUGACCUCGAGCGGCCAAAGCACCAGCAGCUCCUCGGGUGUUUUUUCAGCUCGGAAGAGAGUAUCCCUGGUGCUGCCGCUUGGUCUCCCAGGGUUGAAGGGUCCCUGGCAGUGCUGCCAUUUGUUGCAGUAUGAAGGGGAGGAGGGGGAGAACAGUGUGUGCAACACGGAGUUGAGGAUGCAGCGGGCCCUGCCUGACCGCAGCGGCAGUGCACUUGCAUGGUGCUUUCACGCUCCCGGGCCUGACACAAAGCAAAAACGUAAAGGAGCAGAUGAGCUGUUCCUCGUUGGACAUAGCGUGCAGCCAACGUGCCAGCUGGGAGCCGCGCGUUGGCACGCGUCUGUCUCGCAGUGGGGAGCGGGAGUGAGGGGUUCCCUGCUCCCGUGUAAACUCCAGUCUUGCCCUGUCAAACCCUGCAGUGCCUCAGGCCUGGGACUGCUCCCUGACCAGCAGAGACAGCUCCUGCUCCACCAGCAGCACCAGCAAUUCCAGCAGCUCCUGAGUACUCAGCAGCUCACGUCAGAACAGCACCAAGCCCUUCUGUAUCAGUUAGUCCAGCAGCAGCACCAUCACCACCAGCACCACCAGUCGGACGUGCAGCAGCUGCAGAUCCCUGGCGGGGCCCAGAUCCCCAUCAACAACCUGCUCUCGGGCACGCAGGCGUCGCCGCUCAGCGCAGCCACCACCAACCCCUUCCUCACAAUCCACGGAGAGAGUGCAGCUCCCAAGGUGACAAGGCUCAAUGAUAAAACUGGACCAGUUGCACCAGAGAAGAGUUGACGUUUGACUGGUGCUGAGAGCUGCCCGUCCUGCUGUUAAGGCAC